AUGACGAGCAAAGGCGCGAAACAGCUGCCGCAUGAACGGCGAAAAGGAGAAGCGGCCCUAAGCGAAUUUGCCGAAUUUGUUGAAAAGCAACAAGCAUUGCGAUACCCGAGUACCAAAGCCACCGACCGUAUUGAGCACCACGAAGAACUCGAUAUUCUCGACUCAUUAAACCUGGGCGAUUCCGAACCUCAUGUACCACUGCGCGAUCUCCUACUCUCACCUUCCGACAAUGCAACAGCCCAACAGAAACUGUCCGAAUAUAUCGACGAGCGACUCUUGGAGGGCCACGGCGAGGCAGUUUUUGACCUAGGAUUUGAGAAUAAUGGUGAAUCGAUGCGCCUCACCAGCGAUGAGUGGAAAAUCGCAUUAGAUCGCUUAAAAGAAACUGCUAAGAAGGCACACGCCGACUGUGAUAUACUACUCACUAAGAAUGUCGGGGGCGACGUCGAAGCUGAGUCAACAAUUGCAGGGAACCAGAGUAAAGACAAAGACUGUACCGGAAAAAUUCUGAUACGGCAAAACCCCAUUACAAUCGAGCAGGUCAUCGAAACAAGAAUAGCCGUUGUUGGCAAUGUUGAUGCCGGAAAAAGCUCUAUGCUUGGGGUCUUAGUUAAGGGAGACCUUGAUGAUGGACGAGGAAAGGCUCGCGUCAAUCUCUUCCGUCAUAAGCAUGAGAUAGAAACGGGUCGCACCAGUUCCGUCGGGAUGGAAAUAAUGGGUUUCGACACCAUGGGAAAAGUUGUCACAUCCGACACCCCGGGGAGGAAACUGUCGUGGGAAGAAAUUGGCAAACGUAGCGCCAAAGUGAUCACCUUCACCGACUUAGCCGGUCACGAACGCUACCUACGAACUACAGUCUUUGGUCUAUUAUCUAGCAGCCCUAAUUAUUGUUUACUGAUGGUUGCCGCAAAUAAUGGGCUAAUUGGUAUGAGUAAAGAACAUCUUGGUAUCGCUCUGGCCUUAAAUGUCCCAAUCAUGGUAGUAGUUACCAAAAUUGACAUAUGUCCUCCAAAUAUUUUGGAACAAACCAUCCAGCAGAUUACUAAAAUCCUAAAAUCUCCAGCGGCACGAAAAAUGCCUAUAUUUAUUAACAAUCGCGAAGAGUGUAUCAACACCGCUACCCAGUUUGUGAGUCAACGAAUAUGUCCUAUAUUCCAAGUCUCCAACGUUACCGGCGAGAAUCUUAACCUUGUUCGCACAUUCUUGAAUAUUCUUCCGCAUCAUGGACGUUAUGACUCAGAUGCUCCCUUUGAAUUUCAUGUCAAUGACACCUUCUCUGUCCCUUUCGUUGGUACGGUAGUUAGUGGUAUCGUCAAGUCAGGGGUAGUACACACUGGCGAUAGCGUUUUAAUCGGACCGGACUCGCUGGGUCAGUUCACUCAAACUAGCAUUCGGUCCAUCGAGAGAAAAAGAAUCAGUGUACCCGCAGCGUCUGCAGGCCAAUCCGCCAGUUUCGCAUUGAAAAAAAUGCGUCGAAAAGACGUGAGGAAAGGAAUGGUAGUCUUACCAAAAAUCGAGGGACAACCGGCUCCUAAAGUUUACCGUGAAUUUGUCGCCGAGGUCUUGAUUCUCUCGCAUGCAACCACCAUCAAAACCAAAUAUCAGGCAAUGCUUCAUGUCGGGCCAGUCUCCCAGACAUGUGCAAUAAUCGAUGUAGAUCGCCCCUUCAUACGAACCGGCGAUCGGGCAACUGUAGCAUUCCGAUUUGUUCAGCGACCAGAAUACUUGGCCCCUGGGGACAGGCUUCUAUUUCGUGAAGGCCGAACUAAGGGUCUGGGCAUUGUCAAAUCGGUUGGGUAUGAUCCAAAGAAACCCUUGAUGGCUGAUCAGUCGGAUGGAGGUGCCGCGCAAGAGCCUGAUGAGAACCACGGUUCUACUGGAAAGGGUAUUCCGUCCUCUACGGGUGUGAGGGCUGGCGCCUAG